CAUGGGCCAGAUCUGGCCCCUGGGCCUUGAGUUGCUUUAGGGCCAAAGCAUUGUCUGACAAUCUCAGGCCACAAUCUUUCCAGGAUCAUUUGCCACAUCUGCUGACGACCUGAAAGUUUGGAGUCUGAGCCAGAGAUAAUCUGUUGGUCAUCUUCAGAUAUUUAGUUCACUUUCUGCCAAGACAGAAAGGUCUGGGUGGUCACAAUAUAUUCAAGACAUAGAGAUGGGCUAGAAGCCAUUAAAGCUAUCUCAAAAUAAAUGAUCUAUAGGAAGGUAUUUUAUAUUUAAACUUUUCAUAGCCAGUACAGACCAAAAUUUGGUUUCCAUGUGAAUGAUACACUUGUUUUAUGAAACAGGAAAAACAAAGAGCUUCCGAGUAUAUUGGAGGAGUUCGGAGAGAAAGUGAAAUCAGAAGGGAAAUAUGGACACGAUUGCUGAUAUGCCUCAGAGACCCUUAGAAAUAUCUGUCUCAAUGCAGACAGAUGCAAGUUGGCUUCAUGACCACAUCUACAAGAGAAAGUCUCCCCUUUCAAGCUCCAAAGGAGCACCAAGAAGAGGUUCCUCUGAGAAUGAUAUCUAUGCUGUUGUGCCCCAAGACCUCAGCUACUUAGAAAUUUUAUGCGACACAGAGUUUAGAGAAGACUUCUUAAAACUGUUUCAAGAAUCUCUGCAGACAAUUUCCAGUGUUGGCCCACCUACUAUUAUAGCUUAUAGACCAGAGUCAUCAAGAGCAGAUAUUCACAUUGAGGUUCCGAAGGAAACUCUAGAAACAUGUGAAUUCUGUGGUAGCCCCAUAAAAUACUUUCCUUCAUUUGAAAGUCUGGAACACAUAGAAGAAUGGGGAAAUCGUUUCUGUUGCCAGCAAUGCCGGGAGCUUCAUGAGUUUAUUGUCAAUGAAAAAAAUCGCUAUCCAGUGAAAAUGGAGAAGAUUAAUAUUGCCCCUCAUAAGGCCCAUGGAAGUCAAGCUGACCGAGAACGGGCAAAAGAAAGAGCUCGACAAAGGCUCAAAGAGAGACAAAUUGCAAAACAAGUCGCUUACAUGGCUGUAGAAGCAGAAAAGAGUGCAUUACCAAUGCAUAUCCCUGAAUACAAUAAACAGCUUAAAACAAUUUCCUUCUUAAUGUCUCAAGAGACACUUUCUUCGGCAAUAAUUCAUCCACAAAUUAAAAAAGCAGAGGUUGUGGACAAUACAUACAGCAUCUCAUGCUGUGAUCUCACUAUUGCAAAUGGAAAGUUGAUAAAAAACCAAUUCAUACAACAGUACUAAAAUGGUGUGAAGUUCCUUACCAUGUUUCCAGACGGCACUGCACAAAUAUUCUAUCCAUCUGGAAAUCUGGCAAUUAUUAUUGUACAGAAUAAAAAUGCAGGGUACAUUUGUAUAGUCCAAGAAGAUAAGCGUGAGAAGCCCAAAAUCCAGGCAAUAUUUGACUCUUCUGGGAAAGGAACUUGUUAUCAUCCAAACCAAAUUGUAUGGAUAAAUAUUACAAUUCGAGGAGGACAUUACUCAGAUCAAGCUGGCAACAAAGUGAAAACAUGGAUUUGGCCCAACAAUCUACAGAAGCACAAUCCUCGCGUAGUAUUUAAACCCAUCUUUCUAUCCUUGAACCUUAAUGUUGGUGUCAGGAUACUUGGGCAAGAUAAAAUUGCCAUUUCUUUUCUUGCAAUGGGAAAACAAGCAAAAAUCACGUAGGAACCAAAGCUUAAAGCCAUUGCUGAACACCUUCCAUGGCCAAAGUGUGUAGCUGAAGAUGAUCUUCUGCUCUUCGCCAAGAGAUUAAAGAUUCUUCGCAUCUUUGCUAAACUGAAUAGAUAUUUAGACUUUCCUGCCAGUGACUGGUGGACUAAACUGCAGCUCCCUUCAUUUCUUUUGAAACAGACUUCGAAAUUAAUAUACCUUUGUAAAGAAUGUGAAAUAGGCUGUGCUCUGGAUAAGAUAAUAAUGGCAAUACUAAAUUCACCAGUUUGAUCAACAGCUGAUUGUUGUUUGAUGUUGACUGAACAGUAUCACUUGCUUGUUUAAAAUAUUUAAUAUUUAUUAAUCUGUUGGAUUCUGUAGGUAAACUUAUUUAUAUUUAAUAUUUAUGUAUUCAUAAAAUAUACUAUAUAUGGAUAUAUGUUUGUUGCAUUAGAAAAUAUAAAUAUGAAGCAAACUUCAGUAAGAAAAUUGAAUUAUAAGGUAUAAGAUUCAGUAACUAUUCAUAAAACUCUAAACCCAUUUUGCUAUGGUUAAAAAAAAUCAUAAGGUUUUUAAGUCCAUACUAAUUCAUCAUAAUUCAUCUGCUUUUAUUUCUCCACACUUCUUCAAGCAAGAUAGUAAAAUAAAACAAUGGUUGGGCUGAGGAUGAGGAUGCUCAAGCCACUGGUUUGCAUUUAGUUACAAUCUGGAUUGAAUUAGAUUCUACCAGCCACUGCCAUGUUUUCAGAUUACACAUAAGAGUUUUGUAAAAGCUGCUGGGAAAAAAAGAUUUGUUGUUCCCACUGUCUGAAAUCAAACCAUCCAGUAAGUACUCAGACUCAUGUCCAGAUUUACAAAAAAUACCUAAUACACCUUUAUUAACUGUAAAAGCAAUAGAGAAUAAAAAGGUAUCCUUUAUAUUAACAAUGCUGUCUUGUUGAUAAACAACCCUAGUCUUGAUAUAUUAACGAAGUGUUAUCCACUACACAUGGAGGAAACUAUUUUCUAGGAUGUAUGUUCCAGGGUCAGAAAAUAACUUUCCAUAUACAAUGCUGAUGCUGAUAUUUUCCAAACUACAGAAUGAUUGUCCUAAAAAGGAAAAUACUCUUAGCACAGCAGAUCAUUCCAGACUCUCAAAUAAUGCAUAACUGGUUCAGGUGCAAUAAAAUUCUUCACAAUCACUUGAACACCAUUUCAUGACUUGUAAUGGUUCUAUUAGCAUAGGUAAAUUCCAUUUAUGUAUAUAUGUAGUUGAUGAAUCCUCAACUUUAUAGAUGAUUUUAUAUAAGCACUUUCUAUUGUUAUUACUAUCAUCCAAUCAAGGCAUAGUGUUACAAACUAAUUUUGGACAAAAAAGCUAUGAAUUCUUGUUAUCUCUUGAUAUCUCCUUUUUCUUUGAGUUAAUGGACUAUUGGAAGUAGAUGUGUUUAACAAAUUAUACCCUCCGAGGAGUAGAGAGGAUUUAAAAAAUGUAAUUGAGUAAUAUGGUAAAACAGCAGCAAAAAUGGUAGGACAUAUAAUUAAAAAGGUGGGGCUGGGAUGGCUAUUACUUAUUUUCCAUUUCUUUUCAUCAAAAUACUCUACUAAGAAUCUAUGUUAAUAAAGCACUCUAAAAGCCCAAUUAUGUAUCAAAAUACUUUAUAUUCCUAUGAAUGCUUUCCUAGAUGUAAGCAUUUAAAUCAAUGGGAUUUGUUUGGAGUAGGAUGUACUGGUAUGAAAAGUUCAAUAUUUAUAUAAGUGCAAUUUGCAGGGACUCUGUUUUUCAUUUUUCAUCCUAGUUUAUUUUAUCACAAUUUAUUUACUUAAAAACUGCCCAAAAGCAAUCCCAAGGAAGCUAACUAUAAAAAGGAAACCAAAUGAAUGGACAACCAUAAAAUUGCAAAGGACACAACCCUGAAAAAGUCCCUCCCAAAAUAUGCUUAUCAAAUAAUAAACUUGUCCUAAAUGCUUUCUUAAGUAGCAGUAGAGCUAAAUAAGCAGA